ACUCUUAAAGAAAGCUCAUCAAUCCAAACACAUCAUACAAUGGUAGUAGUAACAAUAACAAUACCUUUUCUCCUACUUCUCUUCUCCUCCGUUCUUCCACCAAUCCUCACCGUUGAUCCCCCACUCCCCUCACCCGACGGCUCCGAUUUCAUCCGUACGAGCUGCAACACCACACUAUACUCCGAACUAUGCUUCUCCUCUCUCUCCACUUUCGCCAACUCCAUCCACAAUGACUCGAACCGCCUCGUACGCGUAGCCAUCUAUCUCACUCUUUCCAACACUCUCCACCUUGUCUCCUACUUCCAAAACGCUUACGACAACUGCGUUGACCACGGUUGUGGUGGUGGCCUCCAAAACUCAACGGCUUCUGCCCUAAAGGACUGCUUCGAGAAUCUUAAAGAUGCGGUCGAUGAUAUGAGAGGUUCGAUGAAACAGAUAAAGGAGCUUGUCUCCACAGGUUCGGUCCAGUCGUUUAGGUUUCAGAUGAGUAAUGUCAAGACUUGGCUCAGCGCAGCUCUCACUAACGAGUACACUUGUACGAACGGGUUCGAGGACUUCCACGAUGAUGGCUCCAUCAAAGAUGACGUAUGCUCGCGGGUGGAAGACAUCAAGAAGCUGACUAGGAAUGCGCUUGCUUUAGUCAAUCGCUACGCCGACAAGGCUAUACCCUAAUCACUCAUCGAUUAAUUUUAUACACGAAAACAUAAGAAUUAAAAUGUAAAAUAUAAAGAGUAUCAUUCGUUGCUGGCUAAUACUAUAUGUGAGUUUUCCUUAGCUGUAUUUUAUGUUUUCGUGUCGAAAUUAUUAUUUACUUGGAACUAAACCAGUCGUUCAAAAUAUACAAACUGAGUGUGUAAAAAGAAUCAGUGGUCGUCUCGUUUUUCUUCCAUCAAUUGUCGUUUUAGGAUUUUCUUAUAUUAUUUUAGAAUAUAUAAAU